AUGACGUCCGACUUCCACCAUUCUCUCGAGCCCUUCCCGCUCUUUAUCGACUCGGCUCCUCCCAAUUCGGCCAACUACUUCUCCUCCCCCAUGGCCAUGGCCGCCAUCCAACUCCUGGCCGCCUCCAGCUCUCCCUCCUCCCACGACUCCUCUCUCCGCAAGCCACUGAUCUCUAUGCCGGGCAAGCUGUCAAAUUAUCUGCGCCUACGAUAUUACCAAUAUGAAGUCACCUUCGGGCUCUAUGUCAUGACCCCGACCGAGAAACUCGUCUUCAACUCAGUCAUCCUCAUCGCUUUCACUGGCCUGCUCUACGCGCUUUUCUGGGAGUUCCAGCCAUUUAUUGUCAACACACUUUGCCGGUUAAUAUACUACAUUACUGGAUCCAUUUCCAGUGCGCCGCGACUUUGCUCAUGA